GGAAGGCCUUUGGAGACAGACUCCCCGGGAAAGCACUCCCAGAGCCUGAGUUGGCCCCCCGGCACUGGCUGGAAGCCCGGGACAGGGCCAGUGAUGUGGUGUUGCCAGGCUGGACAGAGCAUGACACCUGCAGGGAGCCUUCGCUGGUGGGUGCUUGCCGCCUCCUCAUCUUCAUCAGGCCAGCAGAGGCCUGGUGCUCUGUCACGGCCAUUAGCAGGGAUUGACGCUGGAACACCCCGGUGGGUGCCCCGGAGAACCCUCGGAGAUAAGAGCAGCAAGGCCUAGAUCUCCAAGCCGCUGAUGGAGAAGAAGCGCCGGGCACGCAUCAACGUGUCGCUGGAGCAACUCAGGUCGUUUCUGGAGAAGCACUACCCGCACCAGAUCCAGAAACGCAAGCUGGAGAAGGCAGACAUACUGGAGCUGAGUGUCAAGUACAUGAACAGCCUUCAGAGCUCGCUGCAAGGGCUCUGGCCGGUCCCAAGCGGAGCCCAGCACCCGUCGGGCUUCCGAGGCUGUCUGCCGGGAGCCAGGCAGCUUCUGCAGCGCGGAGAAGAGGGCGGCGGCUGCGGCCUGCGCUGCCCCCCGGCGCACGAGGACAAGGGAGGCAGCACCACGGACAGCGCCACUCCCGGCUCCGAGGCGCCCGCGCGCCGCAGCCCCGGCGCCCCCGCCGUCUGGGUGUCGGAUUCCGCCUCCGGCGGCUCGCGGUCCCCAGCACCCGGGCUCCUCCCCCGCGCCGCUCUCCCCGGCCCGUUCCCCAGCGUCUCGGCCCCGCAGUCGGCGUCCGGCCACUGCGCCGAGAGCCCGGGCUCGGGGUUGCGCCUGUGGCGGCCCUGGUGAGGCCCAGGGGUGGCCUCGGACUCAAGCGGGCCCCCAUCUGCUGUGCGGGCGCAGUUUUGAGCGCCACCGUGAGGUCGGCCGGGACCUCUAACGCCGGGCCUGGUCCCGAGGUGAAGGUGGCCAGAGGGUGCCCGGUGCCCGCAGGGAAAUUCGCGCAGACGCCGCGCCCCGGGUUGUUCUCCAGGCCUAAUUCACCCCCACCCACUCCGGCUGGACGGGCUCUGGCCUCCUCUCACCUCUAAAGGGGCUGGGAGGGAGGUCCUGGGCUGCGCCUUUUUCCCAAGGCCCUGGGCGGGCAGCCCGCCCUCGCCCUCGCCCCCGCCCCGCAGCCGCGCGGCGGUGGGAAGGUCGCAGCCACAGCGGCGCAGAGGAGACCCCUCGCAGCGAGGAGAAUCGCUGCCCCGCCCCGGCCCAUUCAACCGGCCAGGGACGCCCGGUUCCCACCGGCACAAAGCACGCCGGGCCCGCCUCCAGGGCGAGGGGCCCCCGGCUCACCCCCACCCUGGACCCUCUCGGCUUCCAGGGAUCCCACCCCCUCCGCACGCGGCGCAGCAUCCUCGCCUAAGCCCGCGCUCCGAGGCCCGCCACUCUAAGAAGCACCGCCCCGAGUUGCCCCUGCCCCGCGGCCCGCCGGAGCUCACCCUCCCUAUGCGAACACCUCCCGGUGCACCUGGCGCCGAGCCCCGCGGCUCU